AUGAAAAAAAGGAGAAAAGGGCCGCUAAACAAAACCUCACAUCCCACGUUUCACCUACCCGCGCGCGCAGGACACACGCUCAACUCCCACUCCCACCCACACCUUCGAUUCCCAGAUCUUAGCGCAUAUCGUGCCCAAUCCCCCCACCUGUUUCCGAAACCUAACCCCGCGAUCCCAAUGCGCAGGGGUCCUGGCGAGGCGUCCCUCCGCCGCCGCCGCGCGCCGGCGCGGCUGUUGGUCGCCGUGGCGGCGCUCGUCACUUGCACUAUCUGGCUCUGGUCCUCCUCCGCCGACCUCACCCUUGCCUCCUACAAGGCCCAGGAUGUUGAUGUAAAUAAGUUGUGGAGAACUGCAAAUUCAAAUGGCUGGAGAGCUUCUUCUGCACCACGAUCAUAUUGGCCUCCCCCACCAACUGAGUCUGAGACUAAUGGGUACUUGCGUGUCCGAUGCAAUGGUGGCUUGAACCAACAACGUACCGCGAUAUGUAAUGCUGUUGUUGCUGCACGAAUAAUGAAUGCUACACUAGUGCUGCCAGAAUUAGAUGCAAACUCUUUUUGGCGUGACGAGAGUGGUUUCAUAGGUAUUUAUGAUGUUCCCCACUUCAUCAAGACAUUAAAAUAUGAUGUCCGUAUUGCUAUGAGCGUUCCAGAUAUCAUUACAAACGGAAAAACUAAGAAGCUGAAAGCCUACCAGAUCCGGCCACCGAGAGAUGCACCGGUAACUUGGUAUACGACAGUUGCUUUAGAGAAGAUGAAGAGUUAUGGGGCUAUCUAUUUAACUCCAUUUUCACAUCGCUUGGCAGAAGAUAUAAAUGAUCCAGAGAUCCAGAGACUUCGAUGCCGGGUGAAUUAUCAUGCAUUACGAUUCAAGCCAAACAUCAUGAAAACAAGCAGUGAGAUAGUGAAUAAGCUCCGCUCAGAAGGCCAUUUCAUGUCGAUUCAUCUUCGGUUUGAGAUGGAUAUGCUUGCUUUUGCUGGGUGCAUUGAUAUAUUUACACCUCAGGAACAGAAAAUUCUGAUCAAGUACCGCAAGGAAAAUUUUGCAGAAAAAGAACUUGUCUAUAGGGAAAGACGGCUCAUUGGAAAGUGCCCUUUAACUCCAGAAGAGGUAGGUCUUAUUCUUCGUGCACUGGGCUUUGAUAAUACAACACACAUUUACCUUGCUUCUGGAGAGCUCUUUGGUGGGAAACGCUUCAUGAGGCCCUUCAAGGAUAUGUUUUCGCGCCUAGAAAACCAUAGCUCCGUUGGACCUGGAAAGCUGGAAGAAAAUACCCGUGGACUGGCAGGUUCUGCAGUUGAUUACAUGGUCUGUCUCCUAUCAGACAUUUUUAUGCCCACAUAUGAUGGCCCAAGCAACUUUGCAAACAACCUCAUUGGUCACCGCCUAUACUAUGGUUUCCGUACCAACAUCACGCCAAACAGGAAGGCCCUUGCUCCAAUAUUCAUGGACAGGGAAGUAGGCUUGACAGCUGGUUUUGAGGAGCGAGUGAGGCAGGUCAUGACAAAGACAUAUGUUGGUGGCCCCCAUAAGCGCAUUCAUCCCGAACCUUUCUAUACAAACUCAUGGCCAGAGUGCUUUUGCCAGGAGAACCCUAGGAAUCAUGCAGACAAAUGCCCACCAGACAAUAUAUAUGAGGUUCUGGAGAAUCAAUUUAGGAGUGAAGAGAAUGAAGAAAGUAUAGAAGUGAAAGCCACUAGUCAGAUUGAUUCAACCAGCCAAACCGAAGAGACUGUGAUUUAA